CGAAAUGUCUGGCAAUGUUGCUUUGGGGCUACCCCGCAAGUCUGGCAACCUCCAUCGACUCCGACUAUUGAUUGAAACAAAAUUUACGCAAAUACAACAAUUUUUUUGUUCCAAUGCAAAGUAAACCAUAAAAAUCCAUUGUGAAAAUUUGAGGGGUGGUGGGAGCCAAAACGGAUACUCAAUAGGCAGUCGUAGUAAAGAGAGUGGACUAAAGAGAGAGAGAGAGAGUACGAGCCAGCGCACUAACGGCACCCACACAGCCACAACCUCCCUCUUGUGCGGGGGAGUCGUAAUACACACGCAAGGAUAAGAGAAGAGAAGAGCAGAAGCAGGAGGAGCUAGAGGAGCAGGAGGCACAGAAGCUUUCGGAAAACUAGGAUAAAAAUGAAUCCAACGGUGGAUGCGUGGGCGGUGACCCAACGGGAGCGAUUGAAGUACCAGGAGCAGUUCAAGGCACUCCAACCGCAGGCCGGAUUUGUGACCGGUGCCCAGGCCAAGGGAUUCUUCCUCCAGUCCCAAUUACCGCCACUAAUCCUCGGCCAGAUAUGGGCCCUGGCGGAUACCGAUUCCGAUGGCAAGAUGAACAUCAACGAGUUCAGCAUAGCCUGCAAGCUGAUCAACCUGAAGCUGCGCGGCAUGGAGGUGCCCAAGGUGUUGCCGCCUAGCCUGCUGGCCUCCCUAACCGCCGAUGCCGGCCAGAAAACGCCAUCAAUGACGCCACGUGGCUCCACCAGCUCCAUGAGCCCCCUCGAUCCGCUCAAGAGCAUUGUACCACCGCAGUCCGCUGUCCCAGUGGUCCAACCAGCUCCCGUAGUACCCGUUCCAGCGGCUGUCAUCUCACCACCUGGCGGCGCCAUCGAUAUCACCAAAAUUCCGGCCGGACCCACGCCACCAUCCAGCAAUCCACCAAGUCGCCAUAUGUCCAUUUCGGAGCGAGCGCCAUCCAUCGAUUCACUGCAAGGCGAAUGGGCCGUUCAGGCCGCCCAGAAGCGCAAAUAUACUCAGGUCUUCAACGCCAACGAUCGCACCAGGUCGGGCUUCCUGACCGGAGCCCAGGCCCGCAGCGUCUUGGUCCAGAGCAAGCUGCCACAGGUGACGCUGGCCCAGAUCUGGACGCUCUCCGACAUCGAUGGCGACGGCCGGCUAAGCUGCGACGAGUUCAUCCUGGCCAUGUUCCUCUGCGAGAAGGCCAUGGGCGGGGAGAAGAUUCCAGUCACCCUGCCACCGGACUGGGUGCCGCCCAACUUGCGGAAAAUCAAGUCGCGGCCGGGCUCAGUUUCCGGAGCUGGGGUGGUGUCACGUCCGGGAUCGCAGCCAGCCUCUCGGCACGCCUCCGUGUCGUCGCAGAGUGGAGUCGGAGCUGUAGAUGCUGAUCCGUUAGCCGGUUUGCCACAAACUUCCUUUGAGGAUAAGCGAAAGGAGAACUAUGUGAAGGGGCAGGCGGAGCUGGAUCGCAGGCGCAAGAUCAUGGAGGACCAACAGCGCAAGGAGCGGGAGGAGCGCGAGCGCAAAGAACGCGAGGAGACGGAAAAGCGCGAGAAGGCACGACUGGAGGCCGAGCGCAAGCAGCAGGAGGAACUGGAGCGCCAGCUGCAGAGGCAGCGGGAAAUCGAAAUGGAGAAGGAGGAGCAGCGCAAGAGGGAAUUGGAAGCCAAGGAGGCGGCCAGAAAGGAAUUGGAAAAGCAGCGCCAACAAGAGUGGGAGCAGGCCAGGAUUGCUGAAAUGAACGCACAGAAGGAACGGGAACAGGAGCGUGUACUGAAGCAGAAGGCCCACAACACCCAACUGAACGUAGAGCUGAGCACCCUUAACGAAAAGAUCAAGGACUUGUCACAAAAAAUAUGCGAUACUCGAGCUGGUGUCACCAAUGUGAAGACCGUGAUCGAUGGAAUGCGCACCCAGCGUGACACCUCCAUGAGCGAGAUGGCUCAGCUGAAGGCGCGCAUCAAAGAGCAGAAUGCCAAGCUGCUGCAGCUAACCCAGGAGCGGGCCAAGUGGGAGGCCAAGAGCAAGGCCAGUGGUGCCGCUUUAAGUGGAGAGAAUGCCCAGGAGGAGCAACUGAAUGCAGCCUUUGCCCACAAACAGCUCCUGAUCAAGCAGAUCCAAGACAAAGUGGAAAACAUUAAGAAGGAGAUCGAGUCCAAGAAGGAGGACCUCACCUCGAACGAUGAUCAGAUGGCGGAGGUGAAGAACGAGCUCUCCACGCUGCUGACCAAGUGCGAGGAACUCUACAAGGAGUACGAUGUGGAGCGCACUUCAGUCCUGGAACUGAAGUACAAUCGCAAGAACGAAACUAGCAUGAGCUCGGCCUGGGACACGGGCAGUUCUAGUGCUUGGGGCGAUACUGGCACCACCACAGCGGCCGAUCCAUAUGCGGGACUGAGCAAUGACAUUGCCGCCGAAGCACCUGCCGCUGAUCUCAGUGGUCCGGCGCCCGAAGGGUUCGCCAAAUAUCGCGCCGUAUACGAGUUCAAUGCCCGUAACGCCGAGGAGAUCACUUUCGUGCCGGGUGACAUUAUUCUGGUGCCAUUGGAGCAGAAUGCCGAGCCGGGAUGGUUGGCCGGUGAGAUCAAUGGCCAUACUGGCUGGUUCCCCGAGUCCUAUGUCGAGAAAAUCGAAGAUGGCGAAGCUCCUCCCGUCACAUCCAUCGAACCAGAGGCCGUGGCCGAGGUUGCCGCUGUGGCGGACACUUUUAACGACAAUAUUAACGCGGCUCCGGCUGACUCUAGCGCCGCCGGUGACGUUGAAUACUAUAUAGCCGCAUAUCCUUAUGAGUCCGCCGAGGAGGGCGACCUGAGCUUCGGUGCCGGCGAGAUGGUCAUGGUCAUCAAGAAGGAGGGCGAGUGGUGGACGGGCACCAUCGGCACUCGCACCGGCAUGUUCCCCUCGAACUAUGUCCAGAAGGCGGAUGUCGGCUCUUCCAACUCAGCGGCUCCGGCGGCAACGACUGAUGCUUUGGAGCAGGAGGCGACGCUGAACGGCAACGCUGCCUACGCGGCUGUUCCCGUGGAGGAACCGCAGUUCCAGGAGCAGCAGUUCCAGGAUCCGCAGCCGCUGCCCGUCCAGCAACAGCUGAGCGAACAGACACCGGCGGAGGAACCGCACGAAGACCUCGACACUGAAGUAUCCCAAAUAAAUACACAGUCCAAGACACAAAGCAGCGAGCCGGCCGAGAGCUACAGCCGACCCAUGUCACGCACCUCUUCCAUGACACCCGGUAUGCGGGCUAAGCGAUCGGAGAUCGCCCAAGUUAUUGCUCCCUACGAGGCCACCAGUACCGAGCAGCUGUCCUUAACGCGCGGCCAGCUUAUCAUGAUCCGCAAGAAGACGGACUCCGGCUGGUGGGAGGGUGAGCUGCAGGCCAAGGGCCGACGGCGUCAGAUCGGCUGGUUCCCGGCCACUUAUGUGAAGGUUCUUCAGGGCGGCAGGAACAGCGGACGUAAUACCCCAGUAUCAGGAAGUCGCAUCGAGAUGACUGAGCAGAUCCUAGACAAGGUCAUUGCUCUGUAUCCGUACAAAGCACAAAACGACGACGAGCUCUCUUUCGAAAAGGACGACAUCAUCAGCGUGCUGGGCCGGGAUGAGCCGGAGUGGUGGCGCGGUGAGCUGAACGGCCUCUCCGGCCUGUUCCCCAGCAACUAUGUGGGUCCCUUUGUGACGUCCGGCAACGUAUAACGAGCCAUCGGCUUUGGCCUCUAAGCGGCACACCAAGGCACUCCACUCGCUUACACACAAAUCCACACGAUCCUUUUAGGAUGAGAUAUAUCUUAAGAUCAGCAGCAACAGCAUCAUCAUUAUCAGGUCAUCCAUCAGUUAGACGGAUAGUAGGAUACUACUUCUAUCGAUCGUACUACGAGUCUGCCAUACGAGUCUAGGAAGGAGGCAAUUUUCUUCAAAGUAUUUAAUGAAUUUAUCCAGACUUAAUUGCAUCUCUGGAGUUCGGGGUUCGGAGUUCGCAGUUCGGAGUUCGCGUAGAUAAUCCAUAGAAUCAAAACAUUGUUCAACUCAUGUUCUCGUAACCAAUCAAACGAAAGCUACAACCGAAAUCUAGUAAGACACACAUUUUAAUGGAUUUAUAUAGUAAUCUGCAUAUGAAAAUCACAACAUAAAUAAGUAUAUCAAAUUGCUAUUUCGUUGUAUUAGAUGUGUUUAUCGAUCAAAAGCUAAAGAAACAUAACAAAAAAUAUUCAACAGGUUAUUUCCCCCAAAAAAAAAAGAAAAAAAAAUGCUACUACACAUACGCAUAUAAAUAGUAUAUCUAUACCGAUGGUUUUCUGUGUUUUCCAAUAAUAUCCGAAUUAUAAUUGUAUAUAUAUUUGUCGUAAUACGAGAGCAGAGCGCUGACAGGAUGGGAUGGAAUUAUUGUUAACUAAAUAUUAAGCAUGAUGACCAUUCUCAAAUAUCUAAAAAUGAAAAAAAAUUUAAAAUUAUUAAAGAUAUAUGAAGAUAAUGGGAUACACAUACGGGCAACAGUAUUGAUAAUAUUAUUAAAGAUAAAUAUGUAUGUCUUUUUUUGUAUCGGGAUUAAUUAUUUGGUGUAUCUAUCUAAUUUAAGUGCUUAUCUCAACUGCCAUAAUUGUAUUUAUUUAAUUGUAUUGUCUAUUGUCUUUGAAUGUUACAAAUUGUGUUGCGCUAGUUUAAAAAGUAUCUGUAUCUGAGAAUCUGAAUCUGGGAUGUGAGAUGUGUAAAUUGAGUAUGUACAAAGGCCCACUUAGAGAUGAAGAACCAACCAUUCAACUCGAUCGGAAUGCGACGACACACACACAAAUAUAUAGGGAUAUACGUUAUGCUGUUUGAAAUCUGUUUGAAGCUAGUUACAAUUAGUCUAUUUAACUCACACCCACUAUAUCCACGCUAUCUCGUGCAUACACACAUAUGACGAUACACUCUCGAAUGCCUUUCAAAAUGAUAACCAAGAAGAAAUGAUCACCUUACAUGGAUUUAACUUUAAUCGUAACUUGUUAUUGCAUACCACAACUAUAUAUGCGCCUAUAGCUCUAUUUAAAAUUAAAAUUUAAAAAACCAAAAAGCAAAAAAAAUAAUAAAACGUUAUAGAGAAGCUGCAAGGGUCGAUCGGUUGAUGGUUUAAUUCCAACUGAGCGACGGCUGUGCGGACUUCUAAUUCUAAAAGCAUUAAACAUAUUUAUGUAGCUAAUGUUGGGUUGAUUAUUAAUUCUACAUAAAUGUACUAAAAUAUAUUUAAAUGAACCACGAAACCAAGCAUAUACAUACAUACUAUAUAGCGAAAAGUACUAAGAUUUCUUUAGACGGAAAUGAAAAAUUUCAAAAAAAAUCUGAAAAUUGAAAAAAUCAGAUCCCCCCCCAUACAUAUACACCCUCUUGCAUACAUAUAAUGCUCAUAUAAGCGUAUUUGUUUAAUCGUUACAAAAGUUAAUUAAUGUAAAAGAAAGCUUAAGAAUAACUGGAGAGGAGACCCCCGUAAAAAAAAAAAAAUUAAAAAAAUCGAAAUGCAUUAGCA